AUGGUUCUCCCUCCUCCAAAUGUGACGGGGAAGCUGCACCUCGGUCAUGCCUUGACCGUCACUAUUGAGGACACAUUGUGCAGACAUCACAGAAUUAAAGGAGGCGUAGCUAAAUGGAUCCCGGGUUUUGACCAUGCAGGAAUUGCAACGCAAGUGGUGGUUGAGCAAGAACUUUGGAAGAAGAAAGGCUUGAGACGUGAUCAACUGACUAGGGAAGAGUUCGUCGAACAGUGUCGGGAGUGGAGCGAAAUGAACUCUACUGCAAUUCGUAAACAGCUGAACAUUCUUGGGGCAACUUUAGACUGGAAAAACGCUUACUAUACACUGAACGAAAAGUUCUCGUCAGCUGUCAUUGAAGCGUUCAUCAGGCUUCACGAGGACGGAUUAAUCUAUCGGGACAAAAGGAUAGUAAAUUGGUGUCCCUCCUUACAAAGUUCCAUAUCAGAUCAAGAGGUCUCUCGCGUCGACUUGUCGUCACCGACAAAAAUUGUUGUUCCCAGUUCUGAAGGAGGGAAACGAGAAGUACAAGUGGGGACAAUGUACCGCAUCAAAUACCCUUUAGAAGGGUCUGAUGGGUUUGUUUCUGUUGCCACUACUCGUCCAGAAACAAUGUUUGCGGAUGUUGCACUCGCUGUACAUCCAGAAGAUAGUCGGUACUCUCAUCUUGUGGGGAAACUUGUGCGUCACCCUCUUUGUUCCGAUAGGAAACUUCCUGUUGUUGUCGACAAAGCUGUGCAAAUGGACAAAGGAACCGGUGUUUUGAAAAUCACUCCUUGUCACGACGCCCUUGAUUGGGAGAUUGCGUCACGUCAUCGGGAAGAAAUUCUUGGUCAAGAUCCGAAUGCUUUGACAAGAAGUUGUGUUGAUAUCCGUGGCAGACUUAACGAAGAAGCAGACGAGUUUGCUGGUCUUGAUCGCUUCGUUGCAAGAACCAAGGUUAUUGAGAAGCUGGUCUCUUGUGGGCUCUUUGAAGGCACUGUGAAGCACGACGGCCAAAUUAGCCUCUGCAGUCGAACAGGUGACGUUGUCGAACCUCGUCUCACUGAUCAGUGGUUUAUGAACACAGAAGGACUCUACGAGGACGCCGCGCAAGCCGUUAGGGAAGGAAGGAUCAGGAUUCUUCCUGCCAUUCAUGAACAAAAGCUGUUUGACUGGUUAUCAAACAAGGAUCCAUGGUGUCUCAGCAGGCAGCUUUUGUGGGGACAUCGGAUUCCAGCUUAUCGCUCAGAAGGGUAG